GCCGGUGAAAGGAUCGGACGGUCGGUCGGUACACAUACACACACCGCCUCGCUCACCACCCGUCCCCGCCACGCUACGCCACCCCAGGAUACAUACCGUAGUGUGACCCCAUCCCCUGUGUGUUGUAGUCACUUUAGUGUGUGUGUGUGUGUGUGUGAGUAAGCGUUGAUACUCACCACCACCACCGCCCAGUGUUCCUCUACACACACCUCACCCCACACUCCAGGCAGUAGCGUAGAGCGGUAGAGGCACCCACGACCACACUAGGCAGGACCUCUGACACCACUACACCAACACCCCUCGACUAAAUCAUUCCUGUACGAGGUGUGAGGACACUUGAGAGGUGGUGACCUGGACACUGGGGGUCAGCUAAGGUCAGAGGCAGGAGGAGGAGGAGAAGAAAGGAGGAGGAGGAGGAGAAGAAAGGAGGAGGAGGAGGAGGAGAAAGGGGGAAGAGGACAAGGAGGAAGAGAAGGAGCAGCAGUAGUGUCAGCAUCAGGAGACGACAUUAAGGGAAUCCAUACAUUACUUCACACACACACACCCCAUCGGACCAUGCAGGAACAGGGCAUGACAUGGGUGGGGGUGACCUGCCUCGUGUUCAUUCUAGGCUGUUUCUGGGAAGCGACUGCUGCUGCCCACGAUGUCAAGCCUUGUUUAUCUCCCUCACUGAUGGAUCAACACAUACAAGACAUUGGAGAUGAAAGCUUGAGGAAAAGUCAGAAUUUGUUUAAAGACAAGACUGAGGAGGAGAUAGACAACAACAAUGGGGUGACUGUUGACAAGACGGGACACCACAAACGAGUGUUUCUCAGUCGCGGCUGGGGACCGGGUGGCUACGAGGCACCGCCACCACCCCCACAGAGGUUCGUGCGACGCCCGCCAGCACUUCACCCACCACGUGCAAAGAUCCACGAAAAACCACCAACUACAGCCGUAGGUGGUAACGGUGGUGCCUGGUAUGCAGCCCUGGUGUCCCCUCACCGACAAGAACAAAUUCAGCAGAAGCCUCAGUAUCGUCAGUUCCACUCAAUUUUCACCUCUGGAAACUGGAGCCCAUUAGGAAAGCGCGGCGGAAGUAUUAACGUCAUCGAUGCUUUUGAGAACUCCUUGAGGAAAUAUAAAGAUAAUGAUAAAAAAUGGCUGGGAUUUCUCCUCGAUAAAGAAGACGACAACGUGACCACAGGUGAAGAUAAACGAAGUGGAGUGUUUGUGUCUUCAGGCUGGGGAGCUGGAGGUUCCUCUCCCGUUAGACACCAUACUCCACGAGCAGCUUGAGACGCUAACCUAACCUGGGGUGUGGUGGUGGGUGGGUUUAGGUAUAACAAGCAGUGGCAACAGUAAUGAGGAGUGGUAGAGUAUUCCCCAGGAGGAUAAAACCUUCACCCAUGGAUGUGGUCAUAUGGGCUGAUGAGGUGCUUCACUUUCACUCUCAUUAACAUACCAGUAGAACGGUUAACUCCCUCUAUAGUUCAAACAAGGUAACUCAACACUACCUAUUAUUUAAGAGGUGUUCACAUCACUCAUUAAAGCACUAAGCUUAAAUUCAUAGUGACUAAUGAGACACUCUCCCCAACAUACUCCUAUUCAAAUUGUAAUUUUUCCCCUAACUGCAGAAAUACUUUUAGGAAUCCCAAGUUUUUUUGAUGAAUAAAUAAUUUGCAAACAUAAUCUCACCACUAGUCAAAAUGUACCUCUUUGACAAAUACACUCCUCUCAUCAUGAAGCAAAUACAGUAUACAUCAAGAAUGGGUACUUAAUGUUUGUUAAAUAUGUAAAUCUUGUAAAAUGGAAAAAACAAAUAAUAAUAGAAUAAUGGCUGAAGAUGUACAAGUUAUGAGAUAACACACAGUAAUUUAUGUAACAGGAAACCCAAGUCAUAAAAAAACAAGAGAAUAAAAAAAAUAUUCUUGUAUCAACCAUGAAAAUAUGAUCAAUAAAAAUUGCAUUACA